AUGUGCGGUAACACCAUGUCUGCUCCACUGUUAGCCAUUGUGCCUUGUGCCCAGAAGGCUGCCACUGUGGUAAUUUUCCUUCAUGGAUUGGGAGAUACUGGGAAUGGAUGGGCAGAAGCCUUUGCAGGUGUCACAAGUUCACAUACCAAAUGUAUCAGCUUGCAUACACUUGUUAUGCCUGUUACAUUACAUAUAAAUGUGGAUAUGCCUUCUUGGUUUGAUAAUAUUGGACUUCGAUCAGACUCACAGGAGGAUGAAUAUGGAAUUAAACAGGCAGUAGACAAUGUAAAGGCUUUGAUAGAUCAAGCAGUGACAAGUGGCAUCCCCUCUAAUAGAAUUACUUUGGAAGGAUUUUCUCAGGGAACAAUUUCGGGUUCUAACAGGGAUAUCUCUAUUUUCCCAGUGCCAUGGAGAUUGCAACCCUUAGGUCCACUAAUGUUUGGUUUUCUUACUAUGGAAAAACUAAACACAUUGCUAAAUCUGGCCAGUGUAACCUUUAAGACCUAUGAAGGCAUGAGGCACAGUUCCUGUCAGCAGGAAAUGAUGGAUGUCAGGCAAUUCAUUGAUAAAAUCCUACCUCUAAUUGAUUUGAGUCAUUAA